CCCGGAGGACUCGUUUUCUGCGCAACAGGCGCGCAGAAUGAACAUGAACGACGUCGAGGACAUGGUCCGCGAGGACCUUGUUAAACAAGCUUGGCUUGAUGCGAAGUUCAAGGAGAAUAGUCGGUGCAUGGUAUGUCCGAGCAGCGCGACCGAAGUCUGUGUGGCGUGUCCUUUACGGCUCUGCUCCAGAUGUGAAGUCCUGCUCCGCAACAUGUGCAAGGGCUAUCUUAACAAUCUCUUCUAUUACUACGAGAGGGAUCAUCUUCGCAACGACGCCUUCUUGCUCCGAUCUGACGGCGGUGGGUUCUGAUUUAAGGAGGAUAAUAGAUUAAGGCUGGUGAAGAUAGACAUUGUUGUGUAUUAGUAUAGGUUGAAUAAAUAAUGUAUUUGUAAUCCUACAG